AUGACUACUAUGACUAGUUUAACUGUAUCCAUUGUUAAGAUGGCUAUUAUCUUGAUAAAAAUGCUUAUUUAAAUGUAUCUGCUGGAAGAUAUUAAGAUAAAUGCUCACCAAAUAUUUAACCUGAACUGUGUGUAUUAGCUACUUCAAGAUAUGAAUGUAGCUAAUGUAUUUAUGGAUAUAGUACCUAUUAAAUUGGAAGCUAGAACUUAUGUUAUUGCAUGCUUAAAUGGAUAUGUUGAUCCAGGAACUGGUAAAUGUGUAACUAAUUGCGGCAUUGGAAGAUAUGGGAAUGUGACUUUUGGAUACAAAGGAAUGAUUGAAUCAACUGAAUGCCUUGACUGUGAUUCAUCUUGUUUUGAAUGUAAAUCCUAAGUUGAGUGUAAAUCUUGCAAGAAAGGAUAUUUCUUAAAUCUAACUGAGGGAAAGAACACAGGAGCAUGCUAAUUAAAGCAAGGAUAGUUUGAGAGUGUAUUGUAUGUUUAGUCAAAAGAUGAGCGUGAAGUAGUCUUCUAAGAUGGCUCUAAAGAUUAUCCAUUUAAUUCUAUCGUUGAUGCUUUAACGAAGGCAUACAAAAUAGGAUCACCAUACAGAUCAGCAACUAUCUAAAUCAUUUUAUUCUCCAAUUAAACUCAUUCAAUGCAAAGAUACAAUUCAAAUCUUCAGCUAUUUGAUUCAAUUGACAUCUCUCAAUCAAUAAAGAUUAUAAUUGAUACAGUAGAUUAAGUCCCAACAAAAGUUUAUUACAAGCUAAGAGAUAAAUUUACCUUUUUGGUUGGGGCAGGCUUAACUAUUAGAAAUAUAGAGUUUGAUGCAACUGACUCAAUCUUAGAUUAAAGAGAAGGGAAUAUUGACUUAGCCUUAUUAGAUUCAAAUGACUAUUAGUGUCUUAAAACUUUCAAUUCAUCUUGUUGUAACUCAGCUUUUGACUCAAAUUUAUAACGAUACCUUAUUAUGGGACCUGCAAUAUGUUAAGCUCGUUAUUUGCCGUAAUCUUAAUUUAUUUUAACAAUACAUCUAGAUCACUUAAUUGCUUGA